CGGGCGCCGUGUCUGACCACGACCCUAGCGUCGCGCUGUUCAAUGUGUGCGGCUGUUGAUUCCGUGUGUCGGGGGAAGCCUAGAUCUUUCUCAUAAUGUCUCAAGAUAAUAAUACAGUUUCUUGUGUACCAUCAAUUAUUUGAAAUCAUAAAUUACUUCCCGAGAAUCUUUUCGUCGACCGACUUCAACCCAAAGUCCCAAUAAGCAAUAAUUAAGGGGUGAAAAAGGGGCCUCGUAUAAGGCAGGCGUUGUAGCACAGAAUGCAACGCUCUCGGCCGCCCUGGCACCUGACACUGCGGGUUGAUGGCGGACUGGCGAGUGGUGUAGCAGCAGGAGGAGGAGAAGAUGGGUUGUCUGUUCCCGAGGAAGUUCCCGAGGCAGGCUCUGAUGAGCCGGUGGCUGGAGUCGAUGCAGUCGGCCGAGGCGUGUCAAAGAGGCCGAAAGUCCCCCUGAGCAUCCUCAAGGACUUCAUCCUCGACGGGCUGGCAUACAAAUCGAUGCGGGACCGCGAGGAAGAGGUUACCGAAGCGCACGGCAAGACUUUUGAGUGCAUCUUUGGCGCCGGCGGAGACUCGACAGACACCGGCAAGCAACACAGCGGCGGCCACGCAUUCCGGACCUGGCUGGAGGCCGACGGCCUGGGGCCUCUCUUCUGGAUCAGCGGCAAGCCGGGGUCAGGCAAGUCGACGCUGACGCGGUUCCUUUCGGACACGGCGCGACGACGCAGUGCCUCGACACUUGGGCCCAGGGCCGCCCCGUCAAGAUCUGUCUCUCGUCGCGGCCCUGAGAUGUCUUUGAAGAGGCGUUCCAGCACCACGCGAUCCCGAGCCUGAAGCUGCAGGACCUCACGUUUGCCGACAUGCGCAUGUACGCCUCCGACAGCCUCCGACAGAACGCGCACGUCAGGCGGCUGGCGAAGAAGAACCCGCCACAGUACGACAGGCUCGUCAACAAGACCGUGCAGCGGGCGGACGGCGUGUUCCUGUGGGUCCGCCUCGCCGUCAGCCGGCUAAUCCAGGAUUUCGAGCCCGGCCAGGGCAUGGCCGGCCUCGAGGCCACGCUCGACUCGCUGCCGCGGGAGCUGGACGAGCUGUUCGAGAAGCUGCUGUUUCUUGACCCCAAAACUGACCAAUCCCCAUUUUUUGACCACUUGAUCCCUCGCCGCUUUUGCUCAGCCCAGAUCAGCCCUGGCUCAGCUUCGGCUAACAUCUGCUCGAUUGGCCUUCGCAAUUUCGCCAAAAGUUGCAACUCCUACCGAGGAGC